AGCAGUUCACGCCGCCACCAGAGGGAGACGGUAAGAUAGAUUUAUCGAGUCGAGUCCCCCACCCACCCUCUUCUCUCCUAACUAAGGCUAGGCCUACGUUUAGCAUGUCUUCAAAUAAUGUUGCAGACGUACGGAAACCAAGUAAAGCAAAACGAUACAAGGCCCCAGUGGUUGAAAGCAAUGCCCCACCAGAUGAUCCUAUGGCUGACUAUAUGAAUUUACUUGGUAUGAUAUUCAGUAUGUGUGGUCUGAUGUUAAAGAUGAAGUGGUGUGCCUGGGUAGCUGUAUUUUGUUCUUUUAUCAGUUUUGCAAAUUCCAGAGUCACAGAAGAUGGCAAACAAACAUUUAGCAGUUUCAUGUUGUCAAUAUCUGCUGUUGUCAUGUCAUAUCUGCAAAGUCCACAGCCAAUGACCUUACCUUUUCAAUGACCUGCCUUCAGCUACUUGUCAUCAAGGGGAUUCAGCUCAUCCAUAGUGAUAUAAUCGAUCUUGGAUGCAUGGUUUUUUUUAUGUCUAUUUCAUUUCUUUCCUUUUAUUUUAAAUGUUAAGUGCAUCUUGCAUUUUGUGCUAUAUAAGUCUAACAUUAUUAUUAUUAUCAUUAUUAUUAUUAUUAUUAUUAUUAUUAUUAUUAUUAUUAUUAUUAUUAUUAUUAUUAU